UACUUUUCAAAAAGAGAAACCGCCUUUGGGGAGGAAUCGUAUGUCCAUAUUUCUUCUUUCAGCCUCAUCAAGGGUCGUGGUUGGAACUUUCCACCGAUUCUUUCCUUUUUUUUUUUCCCUCUUUCUAGCCUUGGCCCUGCCGCUUUGCCUGUCACAGUGAGGUCCGCGGCAGGCCUCCAGCGCAUGCCAGUUAAACUCCGCGAAAUUUGUCAUAAGGGUGUCAGGUAUUUCUUACCGGCUUCCCAAAAACUUAGAUAAAGAAAUCUUUCCCUGGAGUGUCCCCUUCAGGCUGCAUUUUGACGCUGUCUUGAGUUGAAGGAGAAGGAGCUCGAGGGCAACAGGGCAGCAGAGGAAAAGAUGCCCCAGGGCUGCAGGCCGACCCGGGUGGACACGCUGGGGGUCAGACAUACCCACCUUGCUCGGGCUAUGCUCAAGCAAAGUCAGCUUAUUUUCUAUUGAGAGUUCAAGUCCGUCAAGAUUAUGCUGCUGUUCCUUAUCAUUCUGUUGCCGGUAGUUUUUAAAUUUAGUUUUGUUAGCCUCUCAGCACUGCAGCGCUGGAGCUGUCCUGAAGCUGCUCCCUUGGGAAACGGGAAUUCUACUUGUGUGGUUCCUGCACCCUUCUUAAUUUUCUCCCAUGGAAACAGGAUCUUUAGGAUUGACUUAGAAGGAACUAAUCAUGAGCAAUUGGUGGCAGAUGCUGGCAUAUCCACGAUCAUGGAUUUUCAUUACAGUGAAGAAAGAAUCUAUUGGGUCGAUCUAGAAAGACAACUUUUGCAAAGAGUUUUUCUGAAUGGGACAAGCCAAGAGAAAAUAUGCGAGAUAGAGAAAAAUGUUUCAGGAAUGGCAAUAAAUUGGAUCAAUGAAGAACUUAUUUGGUCAAAUCAACAGGAAGGAAUCAUUACAGUAACAGAUAUGAAAGGAAACAAUUCCCGUGUUCUCUUAAGCGCCUUAAAAUAUCCUGCAAAUAUAGCAGUUGAUCCAGUAGAAAGGUUUAUGUUUUGGUCUUCAGAGGUGGCGGGCAGCCUUCACAGAGCAGAUCUCGGUGGUGUGGAAGUGAAGCUUCUGUUAGAGACAUCAGAGAAAAUAACAGCUGUGUCAUUGGAUGUGCUUGAUAAACGGCUCUUUUGGAUUCAGUACCAUAGAGAAAGAAGCAAUUCUCGUAUUUGUUCCUGUGAUUACGAUGGAGGUUCCGUCCAUUUUAGCAAACAUCGCACACAGCACAAUUUUUUUGCGAUGUCCCUUUUUGGUGAUCGUAUUUUCUAUUCAACAUGGAAAAAGAAGACAAUUUGGAUAGCUAACAAGCACACUGUGAAGAAUAUGGUUAAAAUUAACCUCAGUCCAUCACUUGUACCACCUGGUGGAAUUAAAGUAGUGCAUCCACUCGUACAGCCCAAGGCAGAGGGUGAUCCUUGGGCACCUGAUCAGAAACUCUGCAGACUGAGGAAAGGUAACUGCAGAAGCAGCACGUGUGGGCAAGAGCCUAAGUCCCAUGUGUGCAUGUGUGCAGAGGGAUAUGCUUUAAGCCAAGAUGGAAAGAACUGUGAAGAUGUCAACGAGUGUGCCUUUUGGAAUCAUGGCUGUACUCUUGGGUGUGAGAACAUCCCUGGAUCCUAUUAUUGCACAUGCCCUGUAGGAUUUGUUCUGCUUCCUGAUGGGAAACGGUGUCACCAAUUAAUUUCCUGCCCAAGCAAUGUGUCUGAAUGCAGUCAUGAUUGUGUUCUGACAUCAGACGGUCCCAUAUGUUUCUGUCCUGAAGGCUCAGUGCUUGAGACAGAUGGGAAAACCUGUAGUGGUUGUUCAUCUCCCGAUAAUGGUGGAUGUAGCCAGCUCUGCAUUCCUCUCAGCCCAGUGUCCUGGGAAUGUGGCUGCAUUCCGGGGUAUGACCUACAAUUGGACAAAAAGAGCUGUACAGCCUCAGGACCACCACCGUUUUUGCUGUUUGCCAAUUCUCAAGAUAUUCGACACGUGCGUUUUGAUGGAACAGAUUAUGGAACCCUGCUCAGCCAGCAAAUAGGAAUGGUUUUUGCCCUAGAUCAUGACCCUGUGGAAAAUAAGAUAUACUUUGCCCAUACAGCCCUAAAGUGGAUAGAGAGAGCAAAUAUGGAUGGUUCCCAGCGAGAGAGGCUUAUUGAGGAAGAAGUAGGUGUGCCAGAAGGUCUUGCUGUCGACUGGAUUGGCCGUAAAUUCUAUUGGACAGACAGAGGGAAAUCUCUCAUUGAAGGGAGUGAUUUAAAUGGGAAGUAUCGUGAAAUAAUCAUUAAGGAGGGCAUCUCUCAGCCACGAGGACUUGCUGUUCAUCCAAUGGCCAAGAGAUUAUUCUGGACUGAGAUGGGGAUUAAUCCACGAAUUGAAAGUUCUUCCCUUCAAGGCAUUGGCCGACUGGUUAUAGCUAGCUCGGAUCUGGUCUGGCCCAGUGGAAUAACAAUUGAUUACUUAACUGACAAGUUGUAUUGGUGCGAUGCCAAGCAGUCUGUGAUUGAAAUGUCCAAUCUGGAUGGUUCAAAACGCCAAAGACUUGUCCAGAACGAUGUAGGUCACCCAUUUGCUGUGGCUGUGUUUGAGGAUCAUGUGUGGUUCUCUGAUUGGACUAUGCCAUCAGUAAUAAGGGUGAACAAGAGGACUGGCAAAAAUAGGGUACGUCUCCGAGGCAGCAUGCUGAAGCCCUCAUCACUGGUUGUAGUUCAUCCAUUGGCAAAACCAGGAGCAGAUCCCUGCUUACAUCAAAACGGAGGCUGUGAACAUAUUUGCGAAGAGAGUUUUGGAACUGCUCAGUGUUUGUGUCGUGAAGGUUUUGUGAAAGCUCCAGAUGGAAAAACGUGUCUGGCUCUGAAUGGCCAUCAGAUAUUGGCAGGUAGUGGAGCAGAUCUGAGUAAUGGAGUAAUACCGUUGGACAUCUUACCCAGCAGUAGAGAGCUUGAAGAUAAUAUUACAGAAUCUCAACAUACGCUAGUGGCUGAAAUCAUGGUGUCAGAUGAUGAUGAGUGUGGUGCCUUGGAAUGCAGUACACAGGCUUGGUGUGUUUCAGAGGGAGAGAAUGUCACGUGUCGGUGUUUGAAAGGAUUUGCCGGAGAUGGAAAACUGUGUUCUGAUAUAGAUGAAUGUCAGAUGGGUAUCUCAGUUUGCCCUCCCACCUCCUCCAAGUGCAUCAAUACUGAAGGUGGCCACGUCUGCCGGUGCUCAGAAGGCUACCAGGGAGAUGGGAUCCACUGCCUCGAUAUUGAUGAGUGCCAACUGGGCGUGCACACCUGUGGGGAAAAUGCUGCCUGUACAAAUACGGAGGGAAACUACACCUGCACAUGUGCUGGCAACUUGUCUGAACCUGGACGGAUUUGCCCUGACUCGACUCCACCGUCUCAUCCCAGGGAGGAUGGCCGCUCUUCUGUGAGAAAUAUUUACCCCGAAUGUCCCCCGUCCCAUGAUGGGUACUGCCUCCACGGCGGUGUGUGUAUGUAUCUUGAAGCAGUCGACAGCUAUGCCUGCAACUGUGUCGUUGGCUACGUCGGGGAGCGGUGUCAGCACCGAGACCUGAAGUGGUGGGAGCUGCGCCAUGCCGACCGCGGGCGGCAGCGGAGCACGACCGCGGUGGCCGUGUGCGUGGUGGUGCUGGUCCUGCUACUGCUCUUGGGGCUGUGCGGGGCUCAGAGAUACAGGACUCAGAAGCUGCUAUCGGAAAAUCCAAAGAAUCCUUAUGACGAGUCGAGCAGAGAUGUGAGCAGUGUCAGGCCUGCAGAUGACGAGGCUGGGAUGUCCUCUUGCCCCCAACCUUGGUUUGUGGUUAUAAAGGAACAUCAAAACUUCAGCAAUGGGAGUCAACCUGUAGCCCUCAAGGACGGCCUGGUGGCAGAUGUUGGCCAGUUUUCUUCCCUGGAGCCUGGGUCAUUGCAACCAACAUCAUGGAGAAAGGAGCCCCAGAUGUAUAUGGUCACAGAACAAGGAUGCUGUGUUUCAUCAUCCAGUGAGAAAGGCUCUAGUCACCAGAGAAUGAAGUGUAGCUUUCAUCUCCCCUCCUAUGGGGCAUGGCCCAUUACUGGGGGAGUUGAGAAGUCCCAUUCUCUCCCGUCAGCUUACCCAUUAUGGCAACAAAGAGCUCCGGAUCCACCACACCAAAUGGAGCUGACUCAGUGAAAGCUGGAAUUAAAAGUAAGAUCAAGAGGAACAAACCGUAUUGAUGGAUAGUCAUACUUCAUUUCAAAAAGUAGAGGAAAAAAUACAGAUUUUCAUUCUACAAUCUCUACAACUAAUCACCUACUCAGCGUCGGAGACAAAUACGUAUUGUGCUUUUGCUUCUUCCUUCAAGCAGUCUCACUGCAGAUUUUCAAGUAAAAGUAACCUGGAGAAUCACUGGGUAACUCAUUAGAAACCAAAAUGGGGAAAGUAGUGCUUUGUAAACUGUGUUGUCUUCAAUAGUCAAUACAGAGAGAUUUUUUUCUCCUGCAGCCCCAGAAGAAAUUUGGGGUUAAAACAAUCAAUCAUACAGGUUGGGUCAGUUAUAAAGUAAUUUCUCUUAACUGGACAGAACAUUUAGCUCAAUCUUAUGAAAUGGUUAGAAUAUUAAAAUUAUUGUUAUUGAUAUAAUACAUCAGUAGGCAUUUAACUUAUCAUUGGUGUGGUCCAUGCUGGUAAUUUUGCAGAAUGAAUUUUGAUAAAUUAAUGAAAAAUGUACUAACUUAGAACCUGAUUUCUUCCAAAUUGGAUGGCUUAUUUUUUCUUUAAAAAUCUUUGAAUGAAAACAUUUAAUUUUUAAAACAUUACCCAAGAGACUUCUGUGUUUCUGACAUUACUAUUCUUUCCCCCACAUAAUUUUUUCUCUAAUGAAAAUGGUAAAUUAUCCCUUUGUAUGUUUGCACAGAAUUUUUACUUAUUUUCAAAAUAUGAGAUUGUAAGCAAAUUGCCUGAUUUAUUUUAAUUUUGGACAGCAAUCAAUUUCUUCUAAUUAUUUAAAUAAAAUCAGCAUUAAACAUAAACAUUUUAUUGUACACCUGGUUAAGUAAUAAAUUAUAGUUUAAGGAGAUGUUAGAGUUGAAGCAAAGUGAUAUUCUAAGCUUGCUAUUGUUACUUUACAAAAAAAAUCAUAUUUGAAAUCUUUCUCUCUAACGUUAAAAAGUAAAAUUUCACAUAGUGUUCCAAUUAAAUAUCAUUCUUGCAGCCAAGACACUGUUACUACAAAUUACACAACCUAAUACUGUAACUGUGGAUUGUUUGGGGCUUUGGAUUAUUCAGUUUACGCAUUAACUAGUCCCUUUGCUUAUCUUUUCUUUCCUUUCUCUUGAACUCCUUGCACUUUGGUUACACCAGAAGUCAGCAUGAAAAGGAGUUGAAGCACAUCUCAAGUAGAUACUUCUUAGAAGUUUUGGUAAAGAUUUCGUGGUGGAGUUAAUUCAGAUUUUUCUGUAUUCAGUUUUGCUUUAAUUGAUAGUUGAUAACCUGGAGGAUCAGAAGAUCUGUCUUUUAUUUCUUUUUUUUUUUAAUUAAUUUAUUUAUUUAUUUAUUCUUGGCUGUGUUGGGGCUUCGUUUCUGUGCGAGAGCUUUCUCCAGUUGCGGCGAGCGGGGGCCACUCUUCAUCGUGGUGUGCAGGCCUCUCACUAUCGCGGCCUCUCUUGUUGCGGAGCACAGGCUCCAGAAGCGCAGGCUCAGUAGUUGUGGCUCACGGGCCCAGUUGCUCCGUGGCAUGUGGGAUCCUCCCAGACCAGGGCUCGAACCCGUGUCCCCUGCAUCGGCAGGCAGAUUCUCAACCACUGCGCCACCAGGGGAGCCCCCUGUCUUUUAUUUCCAGUGAGUGAACUGACCUCAAAAAAAAUGUAGUCAUAAUUCUCCCAAUGAUGGGAAAAUUAUAUUUGUAAGUGUGAAUAUUUUUUCUUCUUCCAAAAGUGAGCAUUUUUAAAACUUUAAGUGUUUAGAUUACAUUUUUGUAUUUUAGCACCUCUUUUAGGAUUCCAGCAAUAACCAAAGCAAUGACAUGAGACCACAAUAGCCCAUAACAUAGCAUUAUCUUUGAACCGUUAUCUUCAAGCUGUGCAGUGAAUCUGAUACCUCAUAAACUGGGACCCUGUGUCCUUGAUCAGGAUCUAUCACUGUCUCCCUGGUCAAAGUAGAGAGAAAACACACUUUGUGUCCUUAGCAAGUCACCCUGAAAGAGUUUUCCUUUGCUGAGGCUCCCACGUCUCUACCAGAAACAUCCUCCUUUAAGAAUCUAUUUUUUUAAAAGAGCAUUUUCAUCUAAGAUAUUCAGUCUGGAAAAAAUGCAAAUCAAAAUUUUUUUUUUUUAAUAAAUUUAUUUAUUUACUUAUUUAUUUAUUUUUUGGCUGCGUUGGGUCUUCGUUGCUGCACGCAGGCUUUCUCUAUUUGUGGCGAGCUGGGCCUACUCUUUGUUGCGGUGCGCAGGUUUCUCAUUGCCGUGGCUUCUCUUGUUGCAGAGCACGGGCUCUAGGCACACGGGCUUCAGUAGUUGUGGCACAUGGGCUUAGUUGCUCCGAGGCAUGUGGGAUCUUCCUGGACCAGGGCUCGAACCCGUGUCCCCUGCGUUGGCAGGCGGAUUCUUAACCACUACGCCACCAGGGAAGUCCCUCAAAUAUUUUUAUUUCCUAAAUCUCAUGGUCUCAUUGUGCACAAUGCCUGAUUGUGAUCCUAUCUGACUAAAUGUCACCUGCUACAUAACAUGAGCAUUCUGCCCUCUUUUCUAGCACCUAAUAGAAGGCUUAGCAUACUCUAUUCUUUUGAAACCGUAUGGUUCCAGUUCCACCAAUUAACCUUGAUUUCCAACUGAUAUCCUCUUCAUGUGAAUAAAUGAUUAUCGUGUGAUUAUUGAAAAUGUGUUAAAAACACUAAAUAAGUUAUUUAAAAACAUACAAACAAACCAACAAAAAGGCUGGGAGAAAGGGAAAAUAUCUAGGUAAUUUAAGCAGCUGUGACAGGCAACGUUUUGUUGUUGUUGUUUACUUUCUCUUUCUUCUUUUUUUUAAAUCCUUAAAUGAGAAACCCUCUCUGCAUUGUUUCAUCCUGAGCUCUUUCACUCCAGACACGCCUGAAGCAGAGUUCUUUCCCGUUUGGAACUUGACAGGGUUUCUGUCACUAGUAGCCUAUGCUUACAACAACGUAGCUCAGUAGGAAAAUAAUGUGAUGGACAUGGAUCCUUAGUUAAUCACUCACAUAUCUGAACCGGAGAAUUUAGGAAGCACAUAAAUUACCAAACAGGAAAAUUUCCUAGCUGGUGGUCAUUUCCUAUUUUUUCUCCUCUACAGUGAAUAUUUGACCCUUCUGACAUAGUUCAAUUUCCAUUUCUGGUGGGCCAGAAGGAAAAUUAUGACGUGCCCUACUCAACAAUUAAGCCUUCAGAGUGCAUUCUAAACUAAGAGUUGUCAAUCCCAGAUUAAUGCCUGAAUUAUUUGGGUUCUUAUUUUUCAUUUAUAUCACUCACCUGCCAAAAUAAUAAAGUAUAGUAAAACUGUAUUAUUCAGAAUUUUAGGGAGUCAUUUGGACAGUGAGGCAGGUGCUUGCACCGUGGUUUCUUUAGCUCUAAAAUGAGGCAUCUUUUGUAUGAAACAACUUAAAGUAACAGCAACACCAACACAAACUAAGGUGUUAUUUCUACCACUGAGGUAUUGAGGUAAUCAAGGCCUUACUGCUUUAGAAACCAAAUAUUCUUUCCUAAAAAAAAUCAAUUUAAGAUAGCACUCUUUUUCUAUCACUCUAUGAAACACGCUGCACAUAAUUACACAUUUUCUUGAUGACGUAAGAACUUCAUUACACACCAGGCAUAAUAUAAUGCUACAGUUUUGUGAGAGUCAGAGCUUCUUUGCUGCAUACAAAGAUCCUUAGAACUUGAGUCCAAAUACUUUAACCUGUCAUUUUUUUAUUCCUUUUAUGAACUUUUAAGCUGUCAGCUCUCAUGACUCUAUCAAUUACCUUCCAUAGAUGCUCCUUAUCACCUUCCUUGUUGCUUCUGUUUUGUAAACUUGGCGUUCAGAUUACCAAGAAAGUUAGCACUGUAAGUAAAGUAAGAGUACAUGUAUAGUCCUGAAGGAGAGCGUAAGUACAUUUCCUGUGCAAGUACUUAGGUUUUAGCCCUUAAACUUUUUUUUAAAUAUAGAUUUAUUUAUUUUUAUUUAUUUAUUUUCGGCUGCGUUGCUGUGUGCGGGCUUUCUCUAGUUGUGGCGAGUGGGCUUCUCGUUGCAGUGGCUUCUCUUGUUGCAGAGCACAGGCUCUAGGCACGCGGGCUUCAGUAGUUGUGGUGUGCGGGCUUCAGUAGUUGCGGCGCAUGGGCUUAGUUGCUCCUCAGCAUGUGAGAUCUUCCCGGACCAGGGAUCGAACCUGUGUCCCCUGCAUUGGCAGGUGGAUUCUUAACCACUGCGCCACCAGGGAAGUCCCAGCCCUUAAACUUUUGACAUGUUGCAUCCUUUUAUUUUUUCCUUACUCUUCUCAGCUGCAUUCUCAGAGUGCAGAUACAUCGAUUCCAGAUAGAGGAGGUGGUGUGGGUACGUUUAAUGACAAUACAGAAUGUAGUGGUUAUGAAGAUGGUCUCUGAAGUCAAUAAAACUGAAUUCAAAUCCCA